AUGGCGUCCACAGUCGCAGCAGAGCCUCCGGCUGCUCUCGGCCGACCAGACGGCCCCGCAUCCCCGUGCGAUCACGGCUCCGCCGCCGCCGUCGCCGUCACCCUCUUAUCGCUGCCGACUGAACUUCAUCUGGCAGUUUCCCGAUACCUACCAUACCCAGACGCGCUAUCGCUGAAGCAGACGAGCACGUACUUUCGUCAAAUCGUGCGCACCGAUGUGCCGCUCAAGGUUGAGUGGCUGCUGGAGCGGCGGCGGCUGCACCUCGACUGUCCCAACAGCCAUCGGUGCGACCUGGGUAGCGAUUUGCAAUUCUGUCGCGGCAGUGUCUCGAUACGUGCAGGCUACUAA